GCUAUCCCUACUCUACUAUACACUAUUAACAAAUAAUUUUAAUUUAAAAUAAAAAAGCAAAAUCCGAAGACAGAACAUAAGAAUCGGUAUACAAAAAGAUGCUGGCGAAGGAAUUGGGUGGUUCCACAUUCGACCUUCCCGAGGAGGUCUUGCAAGUGCUGCCGUCCGAUCCUUUUGAACAGCUCGAUGUGGCCCGCAAAAUCACUUCCAUCGCUCUCUCCACACGUGUCUCCUCCCUUGAAUCUGAGACCUCCGCUCUACGCGCUCAGCUUGCUGAGAAAGAUGACCUUAUCGCCGACCUUCAAUCACAGAUUCAGUCUCUUGACUCCUCCCUCUCCGAUAUUGCUGAUAAACUCGACCGCGCUGCUCUCGAGAAGGAAAAUUUGUUGAACGAGAACGCUUCACUAUCCAUCACUGUGAAGAAGCUCCAGAGAGAUGUUUCCAAGUUGGAGGUGUUCAGGAAGACACUCAUGCAAUCACUUCAAGAGGAUGAAGAAAAUUCUUCAGGAGGUCAGCAUAUAAUUGCCAAGCCAACACCAAAUGAAGAUGAUGCCCCCUUGCCAGCUUCAAGAUCAUCUUCUAUGCGAAGCAACUUCUCAGAAAUUGGAAACUCAUUUGCAGAGGAACGUGGACCAGAUGUGUCAAGACCUGGCAUAUCACAUAGGAUUCUGCUAGCAUCCCAAACAAGCACUCCUCGAUUUACUCCUCCAGGUUCUCCCCCUAGUUUUUCAGCUUCAGUGUCUCCCACGAGAACAUCUAAACCAGUGUCCCCGAGACGGCAUUCAAUGUCAUUUUCUACCUCAAGGGGGAUGCCUGAUGAUAGGUCUUCGAUGUUUUCUUCUCUGCCACCAAGCCAACAUGGUUCAAUGUCGAGCACGGACGCAGGGUCACAGACAGGACGAACUCGUGUGGAUGGAAAAGAAUUCUUCCGCCAAGUCAGUUUUGAACAGCCCAACAAGUAGAACGGUGCCAUACCACUCCUCUCUUCCAAUACCCCAACAUGCACUCAAGUCAGGCAAAAUGCUAUACCUAUUUCAAUCCAAUCAUUCCACAACAAUAACUCAAUCCUACACCACAGCAAAUGUCAUUCAAUAUUUCAACAAACUAACAUCUAAUUCAACUAAUUUGAGCAGAAACAAGACCAAACAGAAGGUCCCAAACAAAAUCAAUACCACAAAUCAAAAUUACUUAUUAAAGCAUGAAAUGGCUGGUCCGUGUCUGGAUUGGGAGGGAGCUAGGUGUCGAGGUCUGUGUGACUAUCUGGAUCAAGAGGGAGUUGGGUGCUUGGACUAUCUGGAUGGAUGGGAGCUUACAUCAGACAACUCCACAAUCGCAGAGGAGGAAACACUAGAGAAUCACAGAGAUGGUUUUUUGGAAUAAGGUAAGGGGUUCUGCAAUUUGAGAGGUCAGAGAGAUGCAGGAGAUGAGUUGAGAAACACUGGAUGGGCAUUUUGGUCAAGAGUAAAAUGCAAAGAUAUGUCUGUAGCGAUUGGGUAUUUUAUGUUUGGGGAACCUAACAAAAUGAGUUUGGAUCAUUUAGUUCUGCUCGACUAAAAGUUUGGUUCAUUUAGUUCUGCUUUUUGACUUAACAAACUAAACCGAAAAGUAGAUUUUGAAAAUGAGAACUGAAAUCAGUAGAUCAAUUGAAUAACUGAGUUGAAUCAGUUCGCUUCGGUUUUCAGUUAAAACCGGUAUAUGCUCACCCCUAAAACUAGUAUAUGUACGUGUCUUGCCCUGAAUAUUUAUUUUCCUGCUUACAGUAGAACGCACCAUGCAUAUUGCAUACAAGCUGAAUUCAUAACUCAUGUAUGGUAUAUGACCUUACAGUUUCUAACCUAAUGCCUUCUU